AUGUCUGUGGGCUUUGGAGCAGGAGAGGGAUGUAGUAUAGAGUCAGUGACUUCUCCUUCAGCUUCAACACUGAAUGUGAUAUGGAGCAGCUACCUUGGAGCUACGGUAUAUAGACUGGACCUGAGGGUUGUGAACUCCACCAGCAUCGCCCCAGUGGUGGUGUGGCAGCAAAGCACAAACAGGCUGAUUCACGGUUUGAAACCCGGACAUGACUAUAAAGUCACACUGAAGGUCUUCGAAUACAACCAUGUGGUGUGCACUAGCUUUGAAACCACUAAGACAGUGCCAGCCACUUCUCAGAUCACCUCUUCACAAGCUAUUUCCAGUACAUCUAUAAAGUUCCAGUGGUCUAGCAUGGUUGGGGCAGACGGCUACAUCUUGUUUGUGACAGAGUUGAUUAUUGAUCCCCCAAAACAAUACAACGAGACCUUCACAGGCCCAGUUGGACAAAUGGACGGCCUAACUCCUUCUACAACGUACAACUGUUACGUCUACUCAUUAAACAGCGCCGGAAGAGGGGCCAAAAUGGUACAGCCACCAACAGGAGUGUCCAUAAAUACGACGGGGAAGAGCACAGCUCGAGUGAUGUGGAACACUGUUAGUAAAGUCUUGCGUUAUCAAGUGGCCGUGAGUGACAACGACAAGCCCAGCGAUCAGCCGGUCAUCAGAAGCACCGCAAAAACCACCAUGGACAUCAGUGAUCUGGAGCCCUGUUCCAGAUACACAGUGGGAGUAUCAUCACUCAACGGCUUCAUGGUUCCUGGGGAGCCCUCUGCUGUUACAUACAACACCUCUACUAUUAACCCGGUGACGACAGUCUCAGCUGAGUACAACUGCACGAGAGGCUUGGUGAAAGUAACUUGGGAUUUGGUAUUCGGGGCCGACUUGUACAGGGCAACAGCCACUGAUGGCACUGGUGCGGCCCUUAACUGCACAUCGGCCUCCACAAGCUGCCACAUCACCAUGCUCAAAUGUGGUGAGGAGUACCAGGUCCAUGUAACAGCCAUCUCAGACGACUGUGAGAGCAUCUCCAACGUCCAUUCCCCGUUCAAGACAGUCCCCUGUGCUCCUGCUAAUCCCGAGACAAGUCACGAUUGUUCGAGCAAUGUGAUCAUCUUUAGCUGGCAGCCCACCAACAACACCCAACACUAUGUGGCAACGGCUGUGAACAAAAGUGGCCAUAAAACUGAGUGCAGGACGGCAGACAGCAAGUGUUUAUUCACUAACACUGGCUGUGGUCAGUUUUACACGUACACUGUUUAUGCCGUCAACGAUGUAUGCAAAAGCGAAGCCAGCAAUCCUGAGUUUGUCCGGACCUCUCCUUGUCUCCCAACAAACGUUAGGACGGGAGAUGGUUGUCACUCUGAAAAGUUGAUCACAACCUGGGACUCUGCAGCAGGAGCUCUCUCUUACACUGUAGAAGCACAGGGGAACACUGUAGAAACCUACAACUGCACCUCCGCCACCAACAGCUGUGCGAUAAUGGGAAUUCCAUGUGGUGAACAUCUCAGUGUGUGGAUCGUUGCCUCCAAUGACAACUGCUCCACUGAAAGGGUACUGGGAAGCGUUGCUCAGACUGUUCCCUGCAAGCCAAUUAAUGCGUCAGUAUCAGUUGACUGCAGCCAAGACUCUGCUAGAGUUACCUGGGUGACAAACAUUGGUGUCAUAUUCUACGUUGCCGUCGCUGAGGAUGACAAUGGGAAUGUGCACAGUUGCAAUUCAAUGGGCCCCAACUGCUUGAUCGAAAACCUGAGAUGCGGACAGAAUUACACUGUCAGCGUUAUCGGCACCAACAUAAAGUGCAACAGCAGCUCCAGUAACCAAGUUAACUUUAUGACAGCUCCUUGUCCUCCAACAAAUAUUGAGGCGUUCAGAGACUGUGAUGCCAACCAUGCUCUGAUAGUGUGGCAGAACCAUAACCCCACAGGCCUCUACACAGCAACCAUAGUGGAUAAGAGCGGGGAUCAGCUCAACUGCACCAGCAACACGGUCAACGACUGUAAAAUCCGCUCUCUGCCCUGUGGAAAGACAUACAACGUCACCGUCACCUAUGAUAAUGGAAACUGUCAGUCCACCUCUGCCAUGUGGUCCUGA